GCACAUCUCGCCAUCUUCUGCAGGUAAAGUGCGUUAAGGUAGAAGUCUAGUAUAGCAAUGCUGCCGUGUGCCAGUUGCUAAGUGCUACAAAAACCUGAGCCUUCAGCGGGAGGAACAUGAUUCCUCCGGAGGAAUUCUCUGACGAGUGGAUGGAUGGCGUUGGUGAGGAAAGUGGCAAUGGCUGGUCUCCAUUAAGAAGAGACAGAACCAGGUUGGGGGAAUACUGCCAGCUGUCUCUGGGAGAAGGCAGCGACACCUUGGAGACUUCAGUCCUGGACACUGAACAGCUCUUCCCACUGAUGGAGACCAAGCUGUACAAGCGGCGAUGGGUCAUGCUAUUCAUCUUCAGCUUUUUCUCCAUGACCAACGCCUACAUGUGGAUGCAGUACGGCAUCAUAAACGACAUCUUUGUGCGCUUCUACAACAUCAGCUCCCAGGCAAUCGACUGGCUCUCCAUGAUCUUCCUCCUCACCUACAUCCCCCUCUUCCCGCCUGUGACGUGGGCGCUCCACAACCGGGGGGUCAGGGAGGUCACGGUGGUGGCGGCAGCUUUCAACUGCAUAGGGGCCUGGAUCAAGACCGGCACGGCCAACCCCGACAUGUUUGCCAUGACCUUCUUCGGCCAGUUUGUGUGCUCGGUGGCCACUGUUUAUCUGGGCAUCCCGUCCAGACUUGCAUCCUUGUGGUUUGGGGAGCAGGAGGUCUCCACCGCCUGUUCAAUUGCCGUUCUAGGAACCCAGUUGGGUAUCGCCAUUGGGUUCCUGCUCCCACCCAUCCUUGUGCCUAAUGUGGAAGAUGUGGAGGAGCUGGAGUACCACAUCAGAAUCAUGUUCUACAUCAGCGCAGGAGUGGCCACCUUCAUCUUUAUCCUCGUGGUCAUUGUGUUUCAGGAGAAGCCAGAGAUCCCUCCCACUCAGGCCCAGGCUCAGGCCAGGAACAUCCCCCCCGACGGGUACUCGUACAAGGCUUCUUUCUUGGGACUGAUGUGCAACAAGCCGUUCAUGCUCCUGUUGGUCAGCUAUGGGCUGAACGUUGGAAGCUUCUAUUCUAUUUCCACGCUGUUGAAUCGGAUGAUCAUUGAUUCCUACCCUGGUGAAGAGGUGAAUGCUGGGAGAAUUGGUCUAACUAUUGUUGCUGCUGGCAUGGCAGGGUCCCUCAUAUGUGGCAUUUGGCUGGACAGGACCAAAACAUACAAACAAACCACCUUGGCCGUUUAUCUCUUCUCUCUGAUUGGGAUGAUGAUCUACACCGUCACCCUCAACCUGGGUCACCUGUGGGUGGUGUUUGUCACUGGUGGACUUUUAGGCUUCUUCAUGACAGGAUAUCUACCUCUGGGCUUUGAGUUUGCAGUAGAGCUCACCUAUCCAGAAUCAGAGGGAACCUCAUCUGGACUGCUUAACUGUUCAGCUCAGAUAUUUGGAAUCAUUUUCACCAUCACCCAAGGGAAGAUUAUUGAUAAAUGGGGCACUUUUGCAGGGAACAUCUUCCUGUGUAUCAUCCUGCUAAUAGGAACAGCACUGACCGGUUUUAUCAAGUCGGACCUGCGACGACAUAAGGCCAACCUUCAAAAGGAUGAGGUGCGGACAGUGAGUCCUACAGGCUCUGUGUCAUCGGUGAAGGACUACGGGGCCACAACGGGCAAGGCCCACUGGCAACGGAAGCAUUGACAUAAACUCACUAAAAACCAAAACACACACCUGACAAGAAAGGGACGGCCGAUCUGGAAGGAGCCGACACUCCGCCUGAGGUCCUGAAGCAGGGGAAGUUCUAAGGAGGUCUGACAAAGACACCAUGACAGAUAAAAAGAGAAACACUGUCAUGCACCCACAUUUACAUGCACACAUGGCCACGUAGAGAAAAAGCUGCUGUGAAGAGUGAGCACGAGGAGAGUGAAUCAUACUGAGCAGCCCUCUGUGAGGCCAUAAGAAGCAGCCGGCCUGCUGUACAUCUGAUUUACCGUAUGGUUGAUUCACACUAGUAUCCCAAGUGCAAUUUAGCUAAUCCAAAACAAAGCACACGUUAGUCAUGCACAACCUCAAUGGUUUUACACACCUAGUCUAAGUUAUCUUUGUAAACAUUUAUUUAACCAAUGUAGGCAUUUUAAAUGGCCAGUUUAGUGACUCCAACAUUACUACAGUCUUUUACUGUCACCCUCUGUAGUUCUAUGCAUCUAAUAAGCAAUAUUUAAAUUGUGUUGUGUGAGUGUUUCUUACUGUGUGUAACCGUGUAGUGUUUUCCCCUCAUGACCAUCAGCUCAACAAGUCAUAUCAUCUCUGCCCGCCAUUCAGGAUCACAUGGAAGUUUUACUUUUGUUUAUAAAAUAUGAUUGAUGCUGUGCAUCUGAAUUUACUUUUAAAGGUAAUUUUCUUUCUUGUUUUACUGUAAAUGAUCUCCCAAAAACAUUUGGUCAUAAAUAUCUGGGUUUGCAUGAGAAAGCGUCUGGAAUGUGUAAAGCUACUUAGCUUGUAAAAAGUGUUAGUGAGAAAUGUAGUCCAUGCUGUGUACCCAGUGUUUUUUUUGUUUCUCAUUAACAUGUUUUACUUGUUGUGGCAAGUUUCUAUUGGUUAUGUAUGUGAUUUUAAGAGCUGCUAGUUAUUCUUUCAGUGGUAUUUUUAGGAUAUUUCACAGUGCUGUGAAAAACUCUACAUCCCCAGAGUUUGUAUUCUAUUUUGACUGUUUACACAGUGUAGUGUUUUCUAUGACUCAAAUAAAAUGAAGUAAAAAUCAUUGCA